CGUCCACAUCCAACUGAAACAAAGCACUGGCCCGGAAGCUGCACGAUCAACAACAACAACAACUUCACGUGGUCUCUGUGCAUGCCAGGCCAUCCAACCGAAGCAAAACAAAGCGAGAGAUGCGCUCUGCUUUUUUUUGUCAUGGACAAUAGCAGUCAGAAGCAAUUCGUACAUCUCGCUCCACAAGUUUCCGUACAGUAGUAGACUAUAGAAAGCUCCUCCUCAUUUCUUUUUGACUGAUUCCAUCCAUCCAUCCAUCUAUCCGUCCAUCCAUCCAUCCAUCCAUCCAUCCAUCCAUCCAUCCAACAAGUUAUUAGUUGAACAAACGUAAUUCAUUAAAAUGCCAAAAUUCAUCACCGCAAGAAACAAGCUCGCAAAAGCCACACGGAAACAGGAGCCACGGCUCACGGGAGAGGGAUGCUCCAAGCGGAGACGCCUCCUUCUUUUGGGGUUUGGCGUGGCAUUGAUGUUUCUACAGUGUGUUUCCUACAUGGCGGACGUUUCAAAUCUACAAGAUCUAAGUCGCUCCAUUGCCCGAUCUCUGACAUUCCGAGGAGGUCCCGCCGUUGCGAAUGGUCCUACCGUUGGAUUGACGGUGGUCCAUUGCAAUGAAGACUGGAGUCGCAUGAGCUGGCUCGACGAAAUUCCCUCUCAUUGGAAAUUGGUGAUUUACGAAACCUGUGGCCAAACCAUAUCCAAGGCAUUCUCACGUCCCUGGAAGAAUGCCGGUCCCGAAGAAUGCACGGGAUAUCUACAGACCAUGAUUGACCAGUACGACAAUCUGCCCGACAUUAAUAUCUUUUUCCAAUCCGAUGGUCUGCUGGGACGAGGGAGGCCACAAAAGUUUUAUACCAUUGAGCAUUCUCCCUUCAAGACCAUUCAAGAGCUCAUCAAUGCCACCAUGGAGUACUCUCCUUCGUGGAAUGAAUCUCAUUUUCUCCAUUAUGGCCCCAAGUUCCUCCGGAUUUUGAAUGUCAAUUCCAAGGAGAACUACAUUGACUACAAUGCCAGGGAAGUGCUAGACACAAUGCAAAUGCCCUAUCUCAAAAUUCACGAGAAUAACACCGCUUUGAAUGCCACAUCCAGCAUGACCCGAUCUGGAGCCUGCUUUGCGGUAUCUCCCGAUCGAAUCCGUGCAAAACCUGUGGAGUUAUACAAGCAAUUGCGGGAUAGCCUGUACGAUGCUUUUGAAGAGGGUGGAUCACGGAAAUCCCGACCACGAUGUUGCGCAUUGGAGCAGCUUUGGCAUGCCAUCCUGGGAAGCCCUUACAUACUUCCUACCAAUGAGACUGUGGAUCAUUUAUGGGAUGCCAAAAUGAAUUUUUAUGAGGGAAGAUGGGAGGAAGAACUCAAGAGGCAAAAAGAGCAACAGCAACAACAACAAUCCAAUCACAGUACUAGUAGUAGUACCGGUAGGCAAUGAGCAGAAGACUCGAUUCACAAGCAGCACAAACUACGCUACGAGAAUGACCAGGGCGAGGGCGUUGCCAAAGGUAUCAUCUCUGGCUGCUUGGAAUGUGCAGUGUUGGUGACGUUGUUUCGAGUGCAAAGGACGAUACAUUAGAGAUGGCAGUCGUGAUUUGGAUUCCCCAAAUGACCAUCGCACAGAGGAAUCCUCGGCUACAAAGAGGGGACCAGCAGGGAGAGCCAGGAGCGAAUCGAAUCGGUGGCAUUCCUCUCCUUCGUUCGUGACUACCUUUGUGACUGCCUUCUCGGCUUUGGAGGUUUGAUGGUAUGGCUCGACGGGCUCCCAUGUUUUGGGAUUCUUCCAUUUAUUGCGAGGAUCGACAUGUAAGCAAAAUUAAUAAUAGCCGUACGUCCUUGUAGCACAGUCUAUAGGAAGAUGUUCAAACAAGCUCGAAGAACUAGGUAGCAACAACUCGUGGAUUCAAUCUACGCAUUCUUCUAGCUAGUAGUAGCUGGUAAUGCACACGGUUGUAGACGGCCU